AUGCCGGGAUUAACAAACAAGGGUCGGGGAGGAGGAGGGCGGCGCCCCUCCAGCCGGGCGGUGGCUGCUGGCCCCUUGCCUCGCCAGCCCUCUCCUCGUUGUGGCCGCGUUUCUCCGGGCCGGAGCGGCUCCUCGGAGCAGCUGACCGUCCGACGCGGAGCUCUAGCACAGGGCCGGGGGGUGGAGAAGCCGCCCCCUUCCCUCCGCAGGCGAGCUCCCGCCUCAACUCAUCCCUGCAGAAAGAAAGGCAGCCGCUCAGUGGGGCGGGGAGGGAGGCUGGCGACGGGCCCGGAUGCCCGGCGGGAGGGGGGAGAGGGAGGCGGCGGGCGGGGGGAGAGGCGGCUCUUCUCCCACGUGACGCCCAGGGCGCCGCUGCGGAAGUGGGCCUCCCAAGAUGGCGCCGGCGCCGGAAGUGGCGCCGGAAGUGGCAGUGGGGGCGGCGCCCUCCGCAGCAGCGUCCGGCAGCGCCUCUCGGGCCCCUCCUCCCCCUUCCGCCGCCGGCAGCCGCGGCGGGAAGUGCGGUUCAGCGAGGAGGUGCUGGAGCUCUCGGCGGACGGGGCCGGCCUGCCGGUGAGGAGGCCGAGGCCCGGCGGGAUGAGGGCGGAAGCGGAAGAGGCGGAGCCCGGCGGGGAAGGGCCGCGGGCGGCUGCUCGCUACGACCUGCGCUCGCGGCACCCGCCCACGCCCUUCAGGAUGAAGGAAAGGCGCGACUCGGCCAGCUCUUCGGAAGAUGAUUCUUCCCCAACCAGACACCGAACAACCAAUAAAAGUUCAAAUGGCCAGACGCAUCUGCAAGCAGGGCACACAAGCAGUGUAAGAAUUGCAGAUGACUCUGAACUUACCCGACCGCCUAUUAGAAGAAGUCCAAGGAUAGGAUAUUCUUAUGAUCUAGGGAAGGAGUCUACACUGAACAAAUCAGAAGGAGCAACUGCUAAAGAGGAAGAUGGGAGUGAGAGAAAAUCAGAAAUUAAAAAUGCCAUUUAUAAUUAUCAAACGACUCAGAGACACAGUUCAGUGAAAGAUGAAGCGCAGCCUCAAAUUCAAGCCAGCAUAUUGAAGAAGCAUUCGGAAGCUGUUAAUAAAAGUUCUAGUGUACAGCCUGGGGGAUACUCCGUUUUCUGGAUUCUGCUGUGUGCAGCAGCUUGCAUUGCUGCUGGUGGAUGGUAUAUUCUUUAUCCACCACCCCGUACUCCAGAAAUUGACCCAGCUCUGCUGGCAUUUCAAGACCAGAUGAGAAAGCUCAUGAGCAGCUACCCGAGUCAGGACAGCAGGCUGUGGAAGAGAAUCCAAACCACCUUCGAGAAACGCCUCAAUUCCUCGCAGCCUCAUUUGGAGCCUGCCAUCUUGCUGCUCACUGCUGCAAAAGAAGCUGAAGAUGCCCUGAAGUGUUUAAGCAACCAAAUCGCGGAUGCCUUCUCCUCUUCUCAAAGCACCACUACAAUCAGAAUUGACGGGGCUGACAAAGCGACUCAGGACAGUGAUGUCGUAAAAUUUGCUGUAGACGAAGAGCUGAGCUCUGGGUUCAGCGGAGGCAAGAAGGCCGCGGUCGUGCACCGGUUUGAGUCUCUGCCGGCAGGCUCCACCCUGAUAUUUUACAAGUACUGUGACCAUGAAAACGCAGCAUUUAAGGAUGUCGCUCUGCUCUUUACUGUUCUGCUGGAGGAGGAGUCGCUAGGGAAGGGCCUCAGCCUUCUGGAAGUUGAGGAGAAAGUGAAAGAUUUCCUCUCGGCGAAGUUUACCAAUUCACACAUGCCAAGUUCUUAUAACUACAUGGACACGGACAAACUGAGUGGGCUGUGGAGCCGCAUCUCCCACGUGGUCUUGCCUGUGUGGCCUGAAAGCACCCUCCCUCAGGAGAACUGCUUGCAGGUGAAAUAAA